AUGCGAAACGCAAGAGAUGAUAUUCCAAUUGCAAAGCUGGCACAAUUGAAAGAUGAGUUACUGAUUCCAGAUGGCUGGUGGUCUCAUCUGCGCCAAACCUUUAAACUAUCGAGGAAUUAUUCAUUAGCAAAAGUAAAGAAAGUGCAACAGGAAACAUUGGAGAAUGUUCAGUUUCUAUCGAGAGAAGAGGGAAAGCGUUCGUACACCAGUCUUAAAGAUCUACUAAAGUUGGCGUUUAACAGAGAGUUUCCGGUAGGCAGCCAAGUGCCACAAAACAUUUCAACCGCGGUUACCAGUACCACUAGAGUGGUCACUACCAAUACCCAGCAAGUUAAUGAAGAUCUAGGGAAUGACGAUGGGUCAAUCCAUUCAUCUGAUCGGUAUAGAAGUGAAGGAGAUGACGACGAAGAUGUAGCUCAUCAUUUGAUGAUGAUGAUGGCUAGGAUCCGUAACGGAUCUGUUGCCUCUGAUGAUGGUGAGGUUGUUGGCGAUGGUUUUCUUGGAUUUGAAGACCAAGAUGAUGACCAUGAAAAUGGAAAUGACAAUGGAUAUUCUGAUGAGCCAAACCUAAUGAAUGAUCCAAGCAUUACCAAUGCGGUUGCUACCACUACCACUGCCUCUGUUACUACAACUGCUGCUGCUGCUACUACUACUACUACUACUGCUACUACUACUGCUACAACUAGAGUUUCAACUUUCGCGAACCAACAACCAUUAAUUAACGAAAAUCUUUUGCCUAUUCCUGCCUUCUCUGUAGGUGAGAGUGUUUAUGGAAAAGCGGUCAAUGGAAGAGACUUUGGGACAUGGUGGCCUGCUACUGUCAAAAGCAUUGAAUACAGCAACGAAAACAACGAAUGGUGUUAUACUAUUAAGUUUAAGAAAGGAAAUGAAGGUUUAGAAACAUUAAUAGGUCACAACUUAGUAACAAUAGAUGAGGAUAAAGAGUUCACAGUCAAUAACAUAAAAGAUAGAUUGGAUGUUUUGGUGUUUGAUAAAACAACAAAAAAAUACUAUAAAGGUGAAAUAAUAGAAGGUACUGAACAAUCUAAUACAAGAAAAAGAAAGGUGACUGCGAUAGAAGUAGCAUGUGAAGGUACAAAUAAUUAUGAUUUAAAUAAUAUUCUUAAUUCCACAGGUAUACAAAUCAGUAAAGAAAGAAAGAGAAAUGAGUUUUUAAGAGUAGAACCAUUCACAAUUGAAUAUUUUUUACAAGAUAUUUACCCAAUAAUAAAAUCUAUAUAA